AUGCCAAGAUGCUGUAGUAUAUUCAGUUCAAAGAAUGGAUUUUUGAUGAUAUUAGCUACAUUACUCAUUCCAUUGUAUAUUUCUUUAGAAUUGUGCUUCUUCAUAUCUGAUCAGUAUGUCUUUUACAGAUGUACAGUAGAUGAAGGUUUACUAUAUGAAUACAAGGAUGGAAAGUUUGCGCUGAAUGAAGUCAAUAAAACAGAUGAAACACUACUAAAGCAAGGACAACGUAGAGCAGCUUGGAUUGGCGCCUGCAAUCAUUCAGUUAGACUGAUGUUGGGUCUGUUAACAACGAUGGUAAUGGGCUAUAUUUCUGAUCGUUUUGGCCGUCGUAUUGCUCUGGGAACGAUGAUAGUUGGAGAAGCAUUACAAAUAAUUGCUUUAAGUAUAGUUGUUUCAUUACAAGCAAGUGCAUGGUUUACAAUUAUUCCCGGUUUAUUUGAUGGAGUAAUAGGUGGAGGACUUUUGUCAAUACAAGCACAAGUUUCGGCGUCUCUUGUAGAUGUUGUUAAUAGAGAAAAACAAAUUAUUGGUGAAAGAAAGGAAUCAGUGAAUAAUAAAGACAAGCACGAGAAGGAAUUAUGGGGCUUAUUUACAUGGUUCGAUGGAAUUUCACUAAUAAGCUUAUCCCUAUCAAACCCGAUUGGAGGUGCUCUCCUUUAUCGAGAUGGAUUCCGAUCGCCCAUUAUUGUCUGCAAUUGUCUUGUUUCCAUUAGUUUGAUACUUAUUUUUUUUCUUCCUGAAUCUAACAUCAGAAUAAGUCAAAAACGUUCGAGUCAGAGUAUGAUGACCAGUGACAUUAACUGCAAAUCCAACUGUGAGCACGUUGAAGUUAUUUUGCCAAACAGCAAAAAAAUGGUAUAUUGGAAAAUGAAGUAUGCAAGUAUUCGAGCCAACUUCAAAGCAAGUUAUUCAAAUUAUUUUAAUUAA